AACAAUUAAAUUCCACCUCUCGAAUAGAAGAACAAUUAAAUUCAACUUUGUUAUUGCAAUUUAUUCCAAAAAGCUGCGGAAGAACUAAUAUUAAAAAUCCUAUAAAUGUUUUGUUAUCUCCAUUUCGCGAAGAAGUCUCCAUUGAAGUUGCACGAUUAUCUCAGCGAUUAUUUAAGCAGACAAUGUUAUCAAACACGUUUAAAUGUAUGCUGCUUGAUCUUGCUCUCCGCGAUACCGACUUGUCUCUUGUUCCACGUCAAAAUAGAACCAUGGUCAAUAGCCCUUUAAUUGGUUACAAAGUUUUUUGUGGGUUAGAUGAUGAUGAACGAAAGUUGAUUGCUGAUAAGGUGAUAAUUCAACGAGUAACAAAAUUGAUGGAACGGAUUGAAAAAGAGAAGAUGAGCUCUGAGCUCAAGAAAAAUACAAAGUUACUUUUGGAAAUAAUGAAAGAAGUUAAGAAAUUCUGGCUGGAUGUUGAUCUGGAAAAGGCAGAGUCUGAACGGAAAUUAGCGAAAAUUAUUCUGGAGCAGAAGGAAAUCGAGUUAAAACAAAAAGAAGUGGAUAUAGAAAUAUCCAAAGCUGAAUUCGUAAUAAACCAUUCUGAGGCAGGGAAUAAAGGGCACAGUUUAUUAAAUGAUCAAAAAUUAAAAUAUAUUGAAAACCUUGAUAACGAUAAAGAAAUAGAAUUG